CAUGUGCUGCUGUGUUCCCACCAUAAAGAAGAAAUUCGUCCUACAAACUGGCAGGCGUGUUUUUAGCUUGCUGAGGCAAAUUCUCAACUCAACCUCACUUAUGGACGAAACUAUGUUGUAUCCGCUUAUCGAACCCUCCAAUUUCGACCUUAUUGUUGUCGACACCAGCCUCCCGGAGUCCAUCAUCGCCGCCGCUGCCUCCGCCGCCGGAAAGACUGUCCUCCACCUCGAUCCCAAUCCCUUCUACGGCACUCACUCGGCUUCGCUCCCCCUCGAUGACUUCAUCUCCUUCCUCCGAUCCCAAUCCCAAUCUCCAUCUCAACCACCUCUUCAAACCUCCGAUGAUGACGCUUCUGUCCCUCUUGGAACUCGCCGCCUCUACUCCGACCUCGAAAUCAAAUCACUCUCCUCCGAGCCACUCGACAAUUCCAGAAAAUUCAGCGUCGACUUGGUUGCCCCUCGCGCAUUCCUCUGCGCUGAUUCCAUGAUCGAAUUGAUUUUAAAGACGGGAAUCAAUCAGUACAUGGAGUUCAAGAGCGUGGAUACGAGCUUCGUCAGCAGCGGAGAGGGAAAAUUGGAGAGUGUGCCUGAUUCCCGGAGCGCAAUUUUUAAGAGUCGGAGCUUGCUGGGGCCGGAGAAGUAUCAGUUGAUGAACUUCUUUAAGCAUGUGCAGGGAAUUUUCGCGAACGGGUCCGAGGAGGAUUUGGAGAUUCCAUUUGUGGUGUUCUUAACCAAAAGGGGUUUGUCGCAGAAACUCAAAUCGAUUAUAUUGUACACUAUAGCCUGGGCUGAUCAUGAUCAGGAAAACUUGGAGUUGUGUAAAGAUGUUAUCAGUACUAAGAGUGGGAUAAAUCGGCUCGCUCUUUACCACUCAUCCAUUGGAAGGUUUCCUAAUGCAAAUGGUGCCAUAAUAUACCCCAUUUAUGGCCAAGGGGAACUUUCUCAAGCUUUUUGUCGUUGUGCUGCUGUCAAGGGGUGCAUUUAUGUUUUAAGGAUGCCUGUAAUUGCUCUGCUCAUGGAUAAGGAUGGGCGUACCUAUCAAGGUGUUAGAUUAGCAUCUGGCCAGGAGCUAACCAGUCCUCAGCUGAUUCUUGCUCCUUCUUUCGCGAUUCCAACAACUUCACCUCGUGUUGUAGAGGUGAAAAUUUCUAAUGAUAAAAGCCCCUCAGAUGCCGAAGGGAAGGUUGCCCGGGGAAUUUGCAUUGCCAAGAAAUCUAUAAAGCCAGAAGCUGCUAAUUGCCUGGUGUUCUUUCCUCCAAGAUCUCUGUACCCAGAACAGAUAACAUCAGUCCGUGUAUUGCAGCUGAGCAGUAAUAGCAUCUUCCACGUGUUAUUGUGUCUGAAUUCCAGGUUUGUGACGUACCUGUCAGCUGUAUGUGAUGAUGCUGUGGAAGGGAAGAAAUUACUAAAUGCAGCCAUAAAUGCUCUGUUCUCUAUGGCUGUAUCUUCAUCACCUGAGAACAAUGACAGAGAUAAUUUAUGUGAGCACACAGAAGAAAAACCUUGUUUGCUUUGGAGCGCCUUGUACAUUCAAGAUCUGACUAAGUUUCACGGUGUUUAUGACUCCAUCAGGUUCACUCCGAUGCCAGAUGAGCAUCUGCAUUAUGAUGACAUCCUAGACGCAACAGAAAAGCUGUUUAAAGAAUUAUUUCCGAACGAAGACUUUUUCGCAGUGACAAGCGAAUCUGAGGAGCAUCCUGAUGAUGGGAACACUGAGUUGGAUCCAUAGAGAAAUAUACUUGAAAGCUUAAGGAGUGUUAUCAUUAAAACCGCUUGACAGUGAAGGGUGAACUUACAAGCUGCCAAGCCCCGGUCCAGAGAGAAAUACCCCGUGUCUGAAGUCAAUCACCGAUGUUCAUCAAUCACCAAUGUUCUGAAUCUUGUCCGUUGCCUCAAGUGGGUAUACUGUCAACGGCGCAGUGAUGACCGGAAAGUACUUCAGUGGUGAAAUUGAGGGGAUGUAUGCGAUGCUGGAUAUGUGGUCAUUGGGGAAACCAAAGCUGAAUGCAUUUGCUACUUUAUUCCAAAUUACGUGUUAAAAUUUUUCAUGUUUAGUUUUCGUUUUUGUUUCUUCUUA